GUAACCGGCGGACGCACCGACGGGCUUUGAGGCGCUAAAAGGAGGCGGCGAGAAGCAGGACGCCUUCAACUUUUCUUCUUCUUUCUUUUUUUCCCCCCCUCCUCCUCCUCUUUCACCGCCGAUGCUGCCACUUUUAGUUUCGGGGACAAAGUUUCGCGGCGCCGGGGAAAGUUAAAUGUCCUCUCGUGUCGCCGCUCGGAGUGGAGCCAGCGCCGCUCGGAGGACUCAGGUGUUCGGGUCACAACUUUGCGCCGCAGUUUGCUGCGUAAUAAUAAGCUGAGCUGCACCGAGGAUCCGCUCCCGUUUGCGCUUCUUUUUUCAGCCCCCCCCAACAACUAUUUCCGCCGUUCUCUUGGUUUAAUUUGACUUCCUCUGUUUAUUGGAGUUUCGAUAUCAAGCGGACGAGUUUGAAGCGAUGUCGAGCUUCCUACCGGCGGCUGUAGCACAGUAGUUGGAGGUACUGUUUCUGCCCACAGGGAGCUGACAGAUCGCUGGAGUGUCGGCGUGAACUGGAUGUGUGCAGGUGACACGAUGGAUGAGGCUGAGAAAUACAAGCAGCGACUUGAAGCUAUUGCCGAGAAGCGUCGGCUGCAGGAAGAGGAGGACAAAGCCAGAAGAGAGAUGGAGGAUGAGAAGCUCAGACUACAGCAGCUCAAGAGGAAGUCUUUGAGAGACCAGUGGUUAAUGGAAGGAGCAGCGCUGUCCCCGACCUCCCUGGAUGCCCAGGCCCCUCGCUCGCCUUCGUGGGACACACAUGACCGCGACAUGAAAAAAGACGCCGACAAGUUGCAGCCGGCAGAGGGGAAGGAGAAGCUGGAGGAACUGACGGAGCAGGAGGCGGUAAACGUGGCGGAGGGCGUAGAAGAAAUGAUCCAAGGUGUCGUGCAGAACGGACAGACUUCGAACGGAUCAGGUGAUCACGAAGAAUCAGCUGAAGGCAGAGUGAAAGCAGAUCCAAGGCCAGCGCUGGAUGAGACAAUAGUCGCCUCGAUCAAUGGAAACCUGGAGCCAAACACGAAUCACAGUGCUUCAGAGCAGAGUAGUCAGUCAACCACAAAUGGACCGAUCGGAAUCACUGCAGCUGCCGGUGACAUGAAGUUGGACCAGCAGUCAAGCGCAGACGAGCCAGAGCCUGGUCAGGCUCCAAGUGACAACAUCAAUGAGGAGGAGGAGGAGGAAGGGACUCUGGUGAUGAGAGCAGAAUGUGUAAUCAUCACAGAUGAAGGGGAUGAUGCGUCGCAGGAAGACCACCAGGAUGAAACACCUUUACUGAAUGCAGGAGAAGGCAAAGAGGAAGAAGAGGCUGUGGAGGAGUUGGUGAAAGCAGAAACCUUCGCUGAUUCAGAACAGGAGGAGGAAGGUGAACUGGUCACAGGAGCACAACAACCAGCGGCUGGAAAUGGGGACGUGGAGGGCAGCGUAAAGCUGCUCCCAGAUGCAGAGGGAGCGGUGGAACACGAGGACAUUCAGGUGGGGAGCACGGCCUCUGUGCAGCUGCAGUCCUCAGCCGGUGCUCCAGAGGGCGCUGCGGUGGCUCCGGUGCCGGUCUACUCUGAGGAGCAGCCCUCCACCCUCAGCGCUGCGCCGCAGGCGGAGGGGGCGGGGGAGGGGGAGGCCUCGGCGGCGCCAGAGGGAGCCGAGGAGCUCGCCUGUCAGCCCGGUCAGUUCCAGGAUGUGUCCCUGGCUGACCCCCAGGAGAACAACAGGACAGAGGAAGGGCCGGGGGAGCGGGAGCCCCUCCUGCUGGAAGGCGCCGUCCCCAGAACCGCAGCCGAGCCUGCAGGAGUCCAGGGCCCGGCCAGCGCAGAGACACAGAGCCCACCCAGAGCACCGGGCCAGGCGGACCAGGCCAAGGCGCCCAAAAGCAAAAGCUGCCAGUGCUGCUCUGUCAUGUAAAUGCCCCUCGCUCCACGCUCGCUUCCUCCCAGCCUCUUCAGUCUGGAUCCCCGCCGUUCACUCCUCAGUACAGUCCUUCACUCAGCCCUUUGUUUUAUACAUCCACCCGUUUUUAAAUCAGUAUGUGCACAAGCCGCUUCCCUUUCCUCCACUGUCCUCGGCCAACAUUCCUCAUAUUCAUCUUGAAAUUUCCUCAUCUCCAGUCUGCAGCUUUGAUAAGGCAACAGGAAGUCAUCUUUAUCCAACAUAAAGAGAGAAGGGGUUCUCCUGAACUGAACUUUUCAUUUUUAAGUGUCCUGGGAAGCUCGCCGCCUUACAUUUUUCUCUUCUUUUUUUUUCUUUUUUUUUUUAGCAGUUGAGCCAGCCAAUCUACAUAAAAUGCUUUGGAUACAAAAAUCACUUCUUGUAUUAUUUUAAAUUGUUGUAUCUAUGUGUUAAAAUCAAUUUGCUAAGUUUUAUAGCAUCUAUAAGGGAUGUAACUGGACAAGUGCAAAGACAUGGAGAGGUGCAGUGAGUAUUUCAGUCUAAUUCUAGUCAUUUUAAAGCUGAAUUCUUUUAUUGAUAUUGGCUUUUUUUUUUUUUUUUAGAAAUAUAUUUAAUCCAGUAGCUUAUAGGACCACAAUAUUUUAGUUUACUCUGCAUUACAGGUUUUAAAGAUAUCAAGUCUAAAAAAAAGAAAUAUAAUUUAUAAAUAGUGUGCACCUCGGAGUAUUUUUGGGGCCACUGCCAGUUUUAAUAGAGAAAUUAUUUUGAAGUAUUUCAUGGAGUGCUUAUCUUCACCAGUAGUGCUUUAGUGGAGAUUUUCUGACACAGAAACAUGUUUUGGAUGUCUGUGCUGUUGUACUCAGAAAACAUUUGGAACAACUGAGCUUUGAAAUGACUGACUGAUAAAAAGGUUUAAUGAUUAAACUGACAUUUCCGACACAAGAUACUUGCUGUUCGUCCAGAAUUUCUGUUCGUCAAACAGUGCAGCUGUGUAAAAGCAUCAACUUUACCCCGUUCAAGAUAUUCAACACGGAUAUGUCAAUUGUUUCAGAGUGUCAUUUUUACAUUCUUAAAUCACCAGACAUGCUGCUUUAUUUCUAAACUGAAAUAUAAACACUGGGCUUCAUCUGAUCUUCCACCAUGGAUUUCAAGAAAUGUGUGGGGGGGAUCAUAUCGCAUCAUUCUCUUAAAAGAUGCUGCAGACAACGAGAACACUUCAAGGACGGCUUGAUGUCUUUAGUCAAUUGAUCUGGAAAUGCCCCCAAAAGCUUUGACCUGAGGAAUCAUUUAAGUUCUUUCUACUUCUGGAGAGACUCCACUGGAAGCCCUGAUCAGGACGUUGUGAGUCUGUGAACAAUUAAAUGAUCUGUGAGAUGUUUCAAUUAAAAACUGAUCAGAUAUGUUCACUUAAAACACAAAACUCUGUCAAUUUGACAUUCAGAGUGAUUUUCAGAUCGACUUCUCAUAAUGGAAUUUCAUUCCUCACAUAACAGUCCAAUAAUCAGUGUGUAGUGACAGUGCGAGCUGUACCUCCACCUGGUUAUUGUAAUUCUACAGAUAUUGUAGAUAACUAAACAGAAUAUUUCUUUGGUACUCAGGCUUUGGAAUAGUUACAGCUACCUUGAUCCCAGAGUGCAUCGUGAUAAGAGCCCACGCUGUUUGUUUGUGUGUAACUCACCUCAUGGUCAAGCAAAGCCUUUGUCCUCAAAUAUGUGAUUCAUAGUAAACAGAUUAAAAAAUACACACUAAUAACAUUUCCUGACUUGACAAAAUAUAUAAAUUCAUUUUAGAUUUUUUCCAAUCAGCAUAUGCAGUGUUUUAUGGACAAAAUGUUUUAGUAUUUAAAAUGUCUGAACUGAAAUGUUUUCAUCUCAACCUGAGGGUAAAC